CUAAGUGAUAUGGGAUGUGAGACAGAAAAAAAACCGUUUAGUUGCUCUGAGUGUGGUAAAAGAUUUAGUCAAAGACACCAUCUAAAUACACAUAUGAGGAUUCAUACAGGAGAGAAACCGUUUAGUUGCUCUGAGUGUGGUAGUAGAUUUAGACGUAGGGACAGUCUUACUAGACAUAAGAAGACUCAUACUAGAGAGAAACUGUUUAGUUGCUCUGAGUGUGGUAAAGGAGUUAGCAAUAGGCGCCAUCUAAAUGCACACAUGAGGAUUCAUACAGGAGAGAAACCGUUUAGUUGCUCUGAGUGUGGUAAAAGAUUUAGCCUAAGAUGCAAUCUAAAUUCACAUAUGAGGAUUCAUACAGGAGAGAAACCGUUUAGUUGCUCUCAGUGUGGUAAUAGAUUUAGACGUAAGGACAGUCUAGAUGCACAUAUGACGAUUCAUACAGGAGAGAAACCGUUUAGUUGCUCUGAGUGUGGUAAAAAAUUUAUCCGAAGGAGCACUCUAAAUGAACAUAUGAUGAUUCAUACAGAAGAGAAACCGUUUAGUUGCUCUAAGUGUGGUAAACGAUUUAACAAUAGGAGCGUUCUAAAUAGACAUAAGAGGCUUCAUACAAGAGAGAAACAGUUUAGUUGCUCUGAGUGUGGGAAAAGAUUUAGUCGAAGGGACUGUCUAAAUAUACAUAUGAGGAGUCAUACAGGACAGAACCCGUUUAGUUGCUCUGAGUGUGGUACCAGAUUUAGCCGUAAGUCCGUUCUAAAUAGACAUAAGAUGAGUCAUACAGGAGAGAAACCGUUUAAAUGCUCUGAGUGUGGUAAAAGAUUUAGCCGUAAGUCCCAUCUGAAUAGACAUGAGAGGAGUCAUAACGGAGAGUAACCGUUCAGUUGAUCUGAGUGGUAAAAGAUUUAAGAUCCAGUCCUAGUGUACGAGACGUAAUGAUUCAUAAAGGAGAGAAGUGAUUCAGUUUCCACCCUUGCAACAAAAUUUUGUAAGGACAU